AUGGUCCAGAAAAGGGCUUGUGAUGCCUGUCAUAAGAGAAAGAUCCAAUGCGAUUCCACCAGUUCCAAGACACCCUGCAACUGGUGUGAACAUCACGGCUUGGCUUGUACAUUUAACCGGGUUAGAGGCCGGAAGAAGAAGGCAAAGCCCAGAACCACUCAAAGCUCCGAACAAAGUCUUGCAAAGAGACUGGAGCGCAUCGAAGAUGCAUUGGCUCAAACUCUUGCUCGUCAACGUGGUACCGAUACCUCGUUGACAUCAGUCCCCUCCAAACCCUCAACUCCUACUUCCACAAGUGUAACAACAACACCAGCGCCUCGCACCAGCUUGGACGAGACUACCAGGUCCUCGAUAAGUUUGGGCGAACAGUUUGACGCAUUUGGGUCGCCAUAUGUAUCACAAUUAUCGCAAUGCCCGCCUAUCCCAUCGACGCCGAGCGGCUUCACUAGCACCGUUUCAUUCGGUCAGAUUCAUUACGGUGGCUGCCACUUUGGGCGGAUCAGCCAACACAAUGGCAUGCCGAUACUUUCUGCCGAAGGAAUAAAGUGGCUGUCUUCGAGGACUGGUGAGGAUGUUUCGUUUCAAAAGUUCCAACCCCUCUCUCCACGACAACGACUAUUCUCCUCCACAUCCUCCGUCUCCAACUACUACAACAGCCCUUCCGACCUGUAUGAGCUUCCCGAUAGGAAGCUUGUCGACAAAAUCCUCCAUGUAUACCUCCACUCCGCCUUUCGACUUGUGUUUCCCGUCAUCGACCGCGUCCUGUUUGAAGAUACCCUUACCUUGGCAUAUGAAUCCUCAACCGAGCCUCUAUCUCUUGACCAGAUCAGUGCCAAAUCUUGUGUCUAUGCCUUCAUCUCCAUCAUCUGCCUGUUCCAAGGCAGGGUGUCAGAGAUUCCUUAUCUCGACAGCGAUGCCUGUGCCCAGAAGGCGCACUAUCUUUUGACAGAUGCUCUUGAGGACACCAGCAUUACAAGUCUUCAGGCUGUCUUUAUGCUGCAUAUGCACCAAACCUUCUCUGGGCACUUGCAGUCGGCCGCUAUGCUGCAUGCCAUAGCUUGCCGCAUCAUAUUCAUGCUUGGCGGGCAUACAUAUACUCCCACCAAAGCCCAUGGUACCGACGCCACUCGUGAAGAGCGCGAAACACGACAACUCCGAAUGCUGUUCUGGUUGUGCUAUAUCUUUGACAAAGAUAUUGCCUUGAGAACCGGCCAGCCUCCUUUGAUGUCUGACGACUACUGCGAUCUCACCCUCCCUGAGGACUACAUGAGUUGCUAUUUCUACCUCCCAGAUCUCGAUGAGAACCUUUCAUCACCAUCCUAUAACGAUGAAAAGCUUAUACCUCAUCUUCCGGGAGAUCCCCGACUGAGCCACCUCAAGGACAAGACAAGUCGCCUCCUCUACUCAGCACAAGCUGCCAAGAAGUCAGAUGCAGAACUGCUUCGCGAUAUCCGUGAGCUUGAUGAAGAACUCGAAGCUUGGCGACUAUCGAUCCCACCGGACUUUCGGCCUGCACUGUCGAUAACUGAGAAAUCCAAGGUGACGCUUGCGGGAAUGCAGCUUCCCCGAAGCAUGCGACACAUCACGUUGCAUCUGGAAUAUCAUCAUCUUAUGACUGCUAUCCACCGUGCGAGUGGGCGAUGCUGCGGCAUGUCAUCCGAGAACAAUUCUGAGGAUGGAGAAUGGAAGGGAGGCAUACAGUCUAGCAUCGCCCUCUCGCUGGAGGCCAGCCGCUCCACGAUCGUGUAUUUGAGGGCGGCCAUCGACGGACUUGCGGGCGAAGCGUUCUGGGUCGUCGUCUUUUAUCCUACGGCCGCGAUGAUGAGUCUGUUUUUCAACCUUCUCAUGAACCCGCUUGAGGAACAGGCUCAGGCAGAUCUGGAACUUCUCAGCUCCGCUGCAGGUUUAGUCAGGCAGCUGCCGGUGAGACGGCUUACACCUCACGAGCUUACAUACAUGAAGCUGGUCAACGAUUUUGUGACUGAGCUGAUCCGGCUUUGCAAAUGCGCAAUCGCAAAGGCCACAAAGGAACGGGAACAGAGGAACCGUGAAUUGGAGUUGAUGAGUAUCUAA